AUGGGGGUCAAGCAGUCGAAGGAGUCCGAUAUCGAGGAGCAGAACCAGCAGGGGAGGAAAAGCGCCUGCCGAGAGGAGAGCCUAACGUCGGCCGACCGGAUCCGGAAGCAUGCCAUCACACACUUCGGAUACAGCGUCUUGAGCCUGGCCCGUCGCGGCUUGGUGGAACCUCCUGAAGAAUUGUGGGAACUCACAGAACUACAAAAGCUAAACUUGUCUCUGAACAGUCUGCGUGUCAUGCCCCCCACCCUGGGCCUCCUUCAGAACCUGGUCGUCCUAAACCUUUGGGGCAACCAGCUCACCAGCCUUCCCUCAGAGAUCGGGCAGCUGAGGAACCUAAGGGUGCUCUUCGCCUACCGCAACCGCCUGACCGAGGUUCCAGACGAGCUGGGGUCCUGCACCAAGCUAGAGGUUCUCAGCCUGGCCAACAACCAGAUCACGGGGCUUCCCGCCAGUCUGUCAGCCCUGAUCGGCUUACGUAUGCUCAACCUCAGCCACAACCACAUCUCUCACAUCCCAGGCUGUGUUUAUGCCAUGAAAGCCCUGGUUUUCCUGCACCUGGCCUGUAACCAGCUAGAGAACAUCGCAGACCAGAUCCAGGCGCUGGCGGAGCUGAAGAUCCUCAUCGUGGAGGGAAACAGCAUCCACUCACUGCCCAAGACACUGUGCUGUCUGACCAGACUGGAACUCCUCAACGUGGACUUCAAUGACAUCCAGAAUGUUCCAGCCGAGAUGCACCAACUGAGCAGGCUGGAGAAACUGGCCUACCACCCACUGGAUAAAGGCCUCCAUAUUCUACACAACCCCUUGCUGAAGCCCAUUAAAGAGGUUCUAGACGGAGGACUACAUGCCCUCUAUAAUUACCUGAAAGCCACCUAA